CGAACGCGUCAGUACUCUACCUGCGGUGCCCACGAACGAUCGUGAUCGUGAUCACUUACGCUUUGUGGCUCCUACCUCCUGUACCGUAUCCACACAGCCAAGCAUGCUGCUGCUGGUAGUAGCAGCUUCAACGGACACGGGCAACAUCAUCUGAGCAGCGCUUUAACACCUCCACCGGAUACCAGCCGCAGCCAGCAGUUAGUGUGCACUAGCUCAACGUGAAAAUACAGUGAAAACGGGUGUGUUUAUGAUCAGUGAAGAACACCAGAUUACGUCUAAAAUCAUUGAAAAAGGUGCCCUUUCGUGUGACGAGAAAAGUGUCGAGGAGAAAUCGGAUUGUUUGUUUUAUAUUUUGUCAACCAACCCCUAGUGGCCAACCAACAGUGGAUAGUAGUGGUCCGACCGUGAGUGUGAGACCGAAAUCAUGGAAGUAGCGUGGCGUUUCCGAAUCAUAUUCGUGAUGGCUUUUGUGGUCAUUAUUUUCGGCGAUCUGCUCGGGUAUGGUGGGGCGCGCAAGGAACCGAAAGACAAAUCCCUGCUCACCGGCAUCACCGGGGAGGUCGAGACAAAUUCGGCGGAAAUGAUAACCUCUGCGGGCAAAGAUACACCGAGUACACGGCCAAGGCCGACGACAUCCCACACCAACGCUAUCGGUAGUGUGGAGAGUGACUUCGAUGAGGAGGACACGACGGGUUUGUCAACGGCCGAGCUGGCAGCACGCAAGGAGAAGCUCAAGAACUCGCUUCGGGAGGCCUGCCUUCCGAAAUUGCUGUGCGAGAUGGCCGCCAAACCGAACUACUCCCUGAACGUACGUGAACGGGAUCUUCUCUCGCUGAUGAGGUCUACCACCUUAUCACUGACGAUGGCAAUGAGCCCAACGAAAUGGCACUUCGCUGCGCACAUGGGACAACUGUUGCGCGACGCCGGCGAUGCGCUCGUGACUCCGAUUGGUUGUUCGCAUCUGUGGCCAAGCUGUCCAUACAGCUCGAAGAAGCUGCUAAAACUAACCAACGUUGUGCAACUGAAGUAGUUUCCACAACAACAUCAUCAGGUCCCUUCUUCUGCCGUAGAGGCAUCGUCGAGGCAAGGAAGUUGCUCAAAACAGACACCCCUGAAGGUCGAUACUCAGAGACAGCAAUGUCAAGGUAGACUAGGAGGCUUGACAAACGCCAAUCCAUCCGCAACCACCUUGCCCAAUAUCUCACAGCGUGAUUGUGAUGUGCCGUUGGCGAAUUGUAACAUAAGAGUCCGAGAAUGUUGGUGCCAACGAACGUUUGUCGAGUUCGUUCGGUUUAGUUGGUUCGUAUUUUAGGAACAUAUAAGCAAACCUUUCGGAAGCUAUUAGUAACACGAGUCAUAUUGGAAUUCACGAAAGGUAGAAGAUGAUUGUUUGAUGAGCUGGCGGCGCGGUACGCGCUCGUAGAAAUUCAGAAUCAAGUGGCAUUGACACCACAGCCCAUAUCUGCCAUACGGAAUGGAGGAGUUUUCACUUUUCAAUUUCGCAUAUUUGAUUCGAUUCGAUAAUGAAUAUUGUAUCCCACAAUCGGGUCCAGUCGCACGUAUUUUUGGAACGUGUCGCGAUAAUUCGAUUAUGAGAUCAGUCGUGCUUACCGCCAAAUGGGGUGGUUAAUGUGGCAACAACGAUUGUUAGCAAAAGGUUGAUGAACCGUGAAAUAAUGUGAUCGAUAAACGUUGUCAAGCGUGAAAUUAUGGCAACAUUGUAAUAAAUCUAGUGUAGAUAGGUAAAAUAUAAACUUACUUUUAGACAAAAAGACUCCAGACUGUACGGACCGAUGUAUGAAUUCUGUUAUUAUAAGUAACGCAGUAACGCUCU